GCUUCAGGCUGCGUCACUUGGAAGACAAGUCAAGAGAAGGUUCAAAAUGAACAGAAUACGAAUACACGUCCUGCCCUCAAGUCGUAACCGGGUGGCUCAGACCUCUCGACCUCAGGAGCCGCAGUCCUGCUCCUUCACCCUGCGGCCAUGUUCUCAGCCCCGUCUGGAAGGCCUGGACUUCUGCAUCAAACACAUUCUGGAGGACAAAAAUGCUCCGUACAAGCUGUGUAGCUAUGUUUCUGUCAAGAACGGCAAGCGCUGCCCCAAUGCUGCUCCAAAGGCAGAGAGAAAAGAUGGAGUGACUUUCUGCGCAGAGCAUACUCGCAAGAAUGCUGUGGCUUUACAAGCUCAGAUGAGGAAGGCUUCUUCCAGUCCGUCUCCAGAGGCUUUGUUAUCUCAGCUAAGCUGCCACAACCGUGCAGAGACUCAUGGACUAGAUGGAGGACGCUCUGAAACUAGCCGCAUUAUAGCAGAUGAAGAAAGUCUUAGUGAGGAGGAGCAGGGACCUUUGUUCCUGGACCAGACCUGGAGAGGAGAUCCUGACAGCGAGGCCGACAGUGUUGACAGUGACCAUGAUGAUCCAGUGAACUUCAUUCAAGAACACUAACUGAAAAAUGCAUGGCGUUUGUGGAGGGAGCCAGGUGUACCAAUCCCUGCCUGCCCAUGGCCCGGCACUGUAUCUCACACAUUUACCAGGACAACAACCAGGUGUUGUUUAAAAUUUGUCCCGGGCUUAAAGAUGUUCCGUGUGAUCGAAUCGUCCACAUGGGUCAGUCCGAUGAUCCUCGCUGCCCCCUCCACCUCACUCUGCCUCCGCUCAUGUACCAGCCAGAGCAGGAAGCCCCCCCUCAGGACCAGUUCACACCUGCAAGCAAAGAYAUGUACCUGAGUGCAGCAGAGCUGCAGCCCACAGAGAGCCUCCCCCUGGAGUUCAGUGAUGACCUGGAUGUAGAAGGGGACGGCAUGCAGGGUCCUCCGUCUCCGCUGCAGUUUGACACGGCCCUGGCCCUGGAAGACCAGACCAUCAGGGCCAUCGCUGAAGCACCGAUGGACAUCCUGACAGCAGAAGACUCAGACCAGGUGGACCUGGACACCUCAGGACAGGAGCUGUCAGAAAGAGACGUGGACGCCAUCAUCAACGACCAGGUGGUGUCAGACGUAGUUGGAGGUGAGGAGGACGCCACGGACAGUUCAGUCCCAAAUCCUGACCCAGCUGCAGCUCAGUGAGCUCCUGAACCAGCUCAGCUCUGAUGUUCCAGUUCAACCUUCAGAUUUCUCAUCAGUUGGUUCAUCUGACAGGACGAUACUCAGUGGUAGCUGAGCUGAAACCUCCAGAACUGGACCAGGACCAACAUGUUUUACGUUCAGCACAGUGUGUCUUCUCUUCCAGAUCAGAGGUUACAUAAUUUACCUUCACGUCUGCAGCUUUUACAGGCUGAAUGUUUAGAAAAACAGAAUAAAUGUUGUUUCAGCUCUGAACCGUC